UGGGCCAGUAGACACAGCGAACACAGAAUUCCGUGAUGCUGGUCGUAGAUUUGCCUUUUCUGCGAUUUCUGUGACAUUUUUUCUCAGCGUGGGCUUCGUCAGGGUUUCUUCAGCCAGUGUAGGAGAAGAAAAAGACAAGAACAACAAAAAACAAGUGCAACUGCUGCUCGUUUCAUGUGUCGGAAGGUUGUUUUUUUGAGUGGCUCUGACUGCGACGGUGUGGGCUUUUGCAAGAACCAACAACUGCAGCUUUGAUCCCGAACUGUGGUCGCGCCAGUGAAGUGAAUAACCCGUGAAUUGUCACAGUGCGUGUUAUUACUAAACUUAUCACGGACCACUUAAAAAGUGGGUGAAAACAGACAUUUUAAUGGCAGCAGUGGAUGUGUAAUUACUUAACACUUGCAACAUGGCUGCUGCGGGGACAACAGCGAGAAAAGUUUAACACUGACGUGGGAGAAGUUUUACGCGAAUGCUCGCUGCUUUAUGAGUUGUCGUGUGGAUAAUUAAGUCGUCCACAGUCUCGCUUCAGUCUGGUUCUGCUUUUCCCGGACUCACGAACCAGUGGAUGAACCGUGUGGGAGCCUCCUCCUCCUCCUGCUGCUGUGUCCUCACCGCCGACAGUCACUGCAGUGGACUUUUCUGUGGGGAAACUGUGGUGUCUUCUUCUUUUUCUUCUUCUUCUUUCCCAUCGGAAGCUGCUAAGGAACUGUCGUCUGCCUCUCGGUUUGUGUGUCGAGAUUAAACCCCAUCAAAUCCAUAAAAUGCAUUUUUCCAUACCUGAAACGGAGGUGCGCUCUGGGGAAAAUGGAUCGAACUAUGUGGCUUACAACAUCCAUGUGAAUGGGGUCCUGCACUGUCGGGUACGCUACAGUCAACUGCUUGGCCUCCAUGAACAGAUAAAGAAAGAAUAUGGCAGCAAUGUGGUGCCUGCUUUCCCCCCAAAGAAGAUCUUCACACUGACUCCUGCUGAGGUCGAACAGAGACGGGAACAGCUGGAGAAAUACAUGCAGGCUGUACGCCAGGACCAUUUGCUUGGAGCCAGUGAGCUGUUCAACAGCUUCUUAAGGAAAGCACAGCAGGAGACGCAGCAGAUUCCCACAGAAGAAGUUGCGCUCGACAUCUGCCUCUCUAACGGUCAGAAGGUUACUGUCAACAUUCUGACCUCAGAUCAGACGGAGGAUGUCCUUGAUGCUGUUGCAACAAAGCUUGACCUUCCAGAUGACCUUGUGGGUUAUUUCAGUCUGUUCCUCAUUCGUGAGGGUGUGGAUGGAGGUUUAACAUUUGUGCGGAAGCUGCAGGAGUUUGAGCUGCCUUACGUAUCCAUCACCAGCUUGCGGAACUCUGAAUUUCACAUACUCCUACGGAAAAGCUAUUGGGACAUGGCCUAUGAUGGUGAUGUGAUGGACAACAGAGUUGGACUGAAUUUGCUAUAUGCCCAGACAGUAUCUGACAUUGAGCGAGGCUGGAUACUCGUCAACAAAGACCAGCACAGGCAACUCAAAUCACUGCAGGAGAAAGGCUCGAAAAAAGAGUUCAUCCAUCUAGGUCAGACACUGAAAUAUUAUGGCUAUAUCAAGUUUGACCCAUGUAUCACCGACUUCCCGGAAAAAGGCUGCCAGGUCAUCGUCAGUGCCGGCAACAACGAGCUCAACUUCCACGUCAAGCUUCCCAACGAGCAGAUGAAGGAAGGAAGCUUCAAGGUCACGCGAAUGAGGUGUUGGCGAGUCACGUCUUCGCAAGUCCCGAUAGCCAAUGGUACAACCAAUUCCUGCAGCUCGACUAAAUGCGAGGUCAAGCUGGAGCUGGCGUUUGAGUAUCUGAUGAGCAAAGACCGCCUUCAGUGGGUCACCAUCACCAGUCAACAGGCAAUUAUGAUGAGUAUCUGCCUUCAGUCAAUGGUGGAUGAAUUAAUGGUGAAGAAGUCGGGUGGCAGCAUCAAAAAGAUGCUGAGGAAACGACACAAUGGCUCCAUCCACCGAACUGACAGUCAGCAAGCUGUGAAAUCUCCCCCUCUGCUGGAGUCCCCCGACCAGAACCGUGAACAAAUCGUCAAACUAUCAACCAAGCUGAGCUCGGUGUCCCUGCGCGGGAUCAGCGCGUCCAACUCGGCAAACGACAUCAGCGGCAACGAUUUCCACGGCAACUAUGCUUUUGAGGGAAUCGGGGACGAUGACCUGUAACCCCUCCCUUCCUCUCGCAUCCCUACACCCCCCCCCACCCCUUUCAUUCCACUUUCAACAACUGGGAUGACAAAGAUUAUGAGCUGAGCUGAGCCGAGCGAACUACACACACACACACACACACACGAGUGUCCGAUUCUGCAAGAUUGUAGCGUCUUCUCGGAGAAAUCGCUGCCUUAAGCUCUCGUUUUAACAUUUGUUUUAAACUUAAGCUCGUUUUU